AUGGCCUGGCGCACCGCCGCUGCGGCCGUGCAGCGCGCACGAAACCUUAUCGCGGCCCUGCUGGCCGCGCGUCCGCGUCCUCGCUGGCCGGCGCCCGCAUCGCUCGCUGGCCGCGCGCCCUCGCAGCCUCGCCCGCGUCGCCACACGCUGCUGCUGCGCGCGCCGCCGGCUCCCUGGCUGCUGCCCCGCGAGAACUCACCGCCGCCUCGCUCGGCUGCGCCGCCGUUCCCGCGUGCGCUGCUGGCCGCGCGCCGCUCGCCUCGGCCCCGCUGGCCGCCGCCUCCGCACCCCCUCCGCUGGCCCGCGCUCGCACUCCUGCCGCUGCCCGCGCGCCCCCGCCUUGGCCCCGCUGGCCGCCACCUCCGCUCCGCCCUCGCCCGCGACCCUGCUGGUCGACGGAAGCGCCCGCGCCGCCCGCUCUCGGUGGCCGCCGGCCGGAUGCCGCACGCCGGCGCGGUGGACGCCGCCGCCUCGCCCAAAUGCCGUCGCCGGUACCCAGGCACGCGCUAG